GGGAGAUAGCAUAACCGUGACAUUGCGGACUGGGCGAACGGUUUGUGAACACGACAUCUCCCUCGAGAACAUCCAUACCCGGAGAUGGGUGUCUUCUGUCCGGAAAAGGCUGCGUCACUCACGUGACGCUCUGCGACAGUGCUGUGACGACCUCGUCGUCAAGAACAUGCAGAUACGACGACAGAUAGAUGGAUGGAGACUGAUGGCGGAUGAUAUGCGGGCGAGAUUUGAUCAUAGUUCCCGUGCGUUGCAAGAGGCGGUGCAAGAGAGAGACGAUGCCUUGGCAAGGUUGGAGGCUGCCGAAGCAGAACUGCAGGUUGCACGUUCCCAGGCAGAAACGACGUGGAGGUUCUACGACGAACUGCUGAACGGGGGGGGUGGAUGGAAGGUGGAGGACAACGAGCUGAGUACCAAGUUUGAAUCUUUGUCUGUCUCAGAUAAGGGCAAGGAGAGGGAAGCUUCCACUUCGGAACCGUCGUCGUGUGCAUCCUACAAUGAGAUUCGCGCAACCCUGGCGGAGAAGGAUAGACAGAUCACAGUUUUACWAAUGCAGAAMGAGAUCCUUCACUACCCGCCUUCRUUUUGGGAGRAGUGCGAAAGCCGACGCACCUACCUAGGGCCCUAGGGGCCCUGCGCAGAUACAGCUAACAGCCCAG